UUUCAUUAUCGUUCGCAUAGUUGAAUUAAACAUUGAUACUAUUUAAAUAUGACUGUCCACUUCAUUCGAUCAGUUUCACUGAAUGUUUUUCUUCCUCAAAUCCAGCAUCUGUGCCUUCCUUGCCGUUCAAUCACAGCUUCUUCCUCACACGGAGAGAAAGUUGCGAGCGGCUUCGUAGCGGAGGUAGGCGGGUCUCGCAAUGAGGUGGCUGCCUUUGUAGAAAAAUAACGGGUUUCUUUAAAGCAGCAGCUCGUCUGUGACACGGUGUUACUAACCCCGAAAGUGAUCCGUGGGCAGCUGAGGGCGAAUUGUUCCGAUCAGAAGAAGUGGAUUUAAAAGCUUCGCGCGCCGACCAGGUAAUCGUGCCUAAACAUUCGGACACCACAUCAGCGCAAAAGAAGGCACUUUUAAUCCUAUACUCAAACGCUAACAAGAAAUGAUUGGAUGUAUAGCGCCUUUUUAUGACGACGGCGGACGAUGUGUGCGAGCUUUUGAGCUAGAAUAAGCCAUACAGUUCCAUGCGCGAGAAACCCGUUGGACUCGACACCGAAUUAACAGAAGUGACCCUGUACCCACUUAACUUUCAAGGAGACCCAUGAGAUUGAUCGACCACCCGACACGCGACAAAGAAGUCAGCAGUGUUCAGACGUUCAUCUUGGUUUAAAUGAAUUAUUCCUAAAAUGACGUGUUUAAAAAAAUAGUUCUGUUAUGUUAAUAACACGUCCUAACACAUGAAUCAAGAUGGGGCAGAGAUGUAACUGCGCACCCAGCGCGGCAGCUUCUUUCACAGGUAGACUCAAUUUGUGCCUGCUUCCUUGAAAGUCAAUUUUAAUGGAAAGAGAAUGGGCAGAUGGUGCCUUUCUUGGUAUAUCAGCACACCUUCAGCGGCCUUGGCAACAUCUGUGUCAGCUGAAAGAAAUGUAAUGGCAUCUUUUGUGGCAUAAAAGAUCAUAAAACUUCUGAUUUCAAUUUUUUUGUCCUGCUCAGAAUGCAUUAAUCAGAGUGGUCAGUUUUUCACAAGGAGGUAAAUGGCCUCUUAACCACCAGAAGUAUGUUAAUCCAUGGUGACCACUUUUCCCUUGGGGACACAGAGGAGGUGCACCAUUGGCACGACCUGCCCCCUUCUACUGGAGUGACAGAGGGGCCAAUUCCUUUCACAGGAUCUCUACUAUCAACAGAGACACCGCCCACAAAUGGCAGCAACUCCACAGAUUGCAGGGAAGACAUUCUGUUGUAUGGCGAGGUGGAAAAAGUUAUCAUUGGCAUUGUCUUGUCUGUCAUCACUCUGACCACCAUUGGUGGGAACUCACUGGUUAUCAUCUCUGUGUGCAUUGUCAAAAAACUCCGCCAGCCAUCCAACUACCUGGUGGUAUCCCUGGCAGCCGCUGACCUCUCCGUUGCCCUGGCAGUCAUGCCCUUUGUCAUUAUCACUGACCUGGUGGGUGGGGAAUGGCUUUUUGGGAAGUUCUUUUGCAAUGUCUUCAUCGCCAUGGAUGUUAUGUGCUGCACUGCUUCCAUUAUGACCUUGUGUGUCAUAAGUGUGGACAGGUACCUGGGAAUCACCCGGCCCUUGACAUAUCCAGCACGACAGAAUGGAAAGUUGAUGGCAAAGAUGGUAUUCAUUGUUUGGCUUCUGUCAGCUUCUAUCACUCUACCGCCCCUUUUUGGCUGGGCCACCAAUGUCACAGAACAGCAUGUGUGCCUCAUUAGUCAGGACUUUGGCUACACUGUCUACUCUACCGCAGUGGCCUUCUACAUUCCCAUGACUGUAAUGCUCAUCAUGUAUUAUCGGAUCUACAAGGCUGCCAAGAUUAGCGCAGAGAAGCACAAGUUCAUGUGCCUCCCCAGGCAGUUUGACCAUGAAGUAUACAGUAUGGAUAAAGAAGUGAGAGCGAGGCAGCACAGAAGGCUGUCUCGCAGGGACCGAGUGCUUGAGGAGUGUGCCACCUUGUCCAAGCUUCUUCGGCAUGACAGGAGGAAUAUUUCUAUUUUCAAACGGGAACAAAAAGCUGCCCGCACCCUAGGAAUCAUCGUGGGUGCUUUCACUUUUUGUUGGCUUCCUUUCUUUCUUCUUUCCACUGCUCGACCUUUUAUCUGUGGCAUCGCAUAUAGUUGUAUGCCUUUGAGGUUGGAACGGACCCUGUUGUGGUUGGGCUAUGCCAAUUCUCUCAUCAACCCACUCAUCUAUGCCUUCUUCAAUCGAGAUCUCAGGACUACCUUUUGGAAUCUUCUCAGAUGUAGAUACCGGAACAUCAAUAGGAGACUGUCAGCUGCCAGCAUGCAUGAAGCACUGAAAGCAAAAGAACGACAGGAAGGCAUACUAUAAAAAUAAAUUGACAAAGACAUCCAUUUUACCAGCCUGCCGGUGAAGAUAAGUACUGCUUAAUACUGUGACCUUGCAGUUUAAGGUGCUCGAUCACCUAGGAGCCUGUUUGUGGCUAAAUGAGGACCACAUUUUAUUUCACCAGCCUUGCUCCUGCUGUAAAACCUCAAAUAAUAGAAAUUGGCUCAAUGACCCUCAUCUUUGCAAUUUCACAGACCUACUAAUCUCAUCCAAUUCUGCUGUCAUUAUUAGGAGAGGGGUUAGGACCAAACUUAAACUAGUUGACCAAAGUCAUCAUGCCUUCCAUGCAUCACCAAUAGUUUUCUUCUUUCUUGUAAUUUAAGUUUAAAAAAUGUGUUGUGAACCAAAAUGAUCUGC